CAUGGAACAAUCCCAGCGCACUUCCACCUCAUGUGAUCCAUGUCGUUGGUUGAGUAUCGUGUGACUCGUACACCUUUUUGCAUUCGAUGCAUCUGUGCAUUUUUCUUGCUUUAUUGUUCGUGACUUGGGUGCGUGGCCAACAACCGUCCGAUUAUGGCAGUAACGUGACAAUGUUGUUUAAGGAGAAUUCUGGAAUUCGUACCAAGAGAUUGGUGACUUCUCCAACAGCCCACCCCUCACCGGAGCGCGUAGCUGUGUUGACAAAACAAACAGAAGUGUUAUCAUCCGCAAUCCGUAAGCUUCUCAGCUGGGAAGUGCAAUGGUAUUACAUCAUGGCUCGAAAAUCGAAAGCCGAAGUGGUCGUUUUCCUAGUCGUGGGCGUCACAGCAACCUUCAUCAUCAUCUUGAUCCCGCUAGUGCUACUUGUCAAAAUACUCGUUCCACCGUUGCCGAUUUUCGCAGUGAAAGAAAUUAUCGAUGGCAGCAAAGCUGAUUUGGAUUUCUCGCUUCCCGACUGGAUGGAUCAAACGGAAUAUUCGACGUACCAACUAGAAUAGAAAUACAAAUGUUUUAAUAAGAACGAGUGG